CUCCUCCUGCACCACUGCCCAAAGCUCCCCAUGAAGCUCCUCGCCGCGGUCGCCGGCUUGAUAGUCGCCGCAGAGGGUGCAGCCCUUGAUCCUCUAGGAUCUCAAUUCCAAAAUGCCCUGCAGUCGGUGUUGAGUUUGGGCAAAUCACAUUCAUCAAAGCCGCCAAAUAUUCUGUUUGUGAUCACCGACGACCAGGACCUCGAGCUGGACUCGAUCUCCUACACGCCGUUGAUUGAGAAGCACUUGCGCCGCAAGGGCACUUUCUUUCGCAAUCAUUUUGUCACCACGGCUCUCUGCUGUCCGUCUCGCGUGAGCUUGUGGACCGGUCGCCAAGCGCAUAACACCAAUGUCACCGACGUACACCCGCCAUACGGCGGUUACCCCAAGUUUGUAGAUAGGGGAUUCAACGAUAACUUCUUGCCCGUCUGGCUCCAGGAAGCGGGCUAUGACACUUACUACACCGGCAAGCUCUUCAAUGCUCACACCGUUGACAAUUACCAUAGCCCUCAUGUCAAUGGCUUCAAUGGCUCCGAUUUCCUCAUGGAUCCAUACACGUAUUCCUACAUGAACUCGACCUACCAACGACAUAGCGAAGCCCCCGUGAGUUAUGAAGGGCGGCAUACGAUGGACGUUAUUACCGAGAAGGCCUUGGGUUUCCUUGAUGAUGCAUUGGAGGGAGAGCGGCCCUUUUUUGUGGUGGCUGCGCCCGUGGCACCGCACUCCAAUGUCGACCCCCGGGAUCUGGCCAAUGGCGAGAUCGUCAUGACCGCGCCUAUCCCACUCGAGCGCCAUGCACACCUGUUCCAGGAUGUGAAGGUGCCCCGAACCCCUCAUUUCAAUCCGGACAAGCCCAGUGGAGCCAGUUGGGUUCGCGAUCUUCCCCAGCAGAACCAGACCGAAAUCGACUAUAACGAUCAUUUCUACCGCUCUCGCCUGCGUGCUUUGCAAGGUGUGGAUGAAUUGGUGGACUCGCUGGUGUCUCGUUUGGAGGAGAGUGGCCAAUUGGACAAUACCUACAUAAUAUACACUUCGGACAAUGGCUUCCAUAUCGGCCAGCACCGAUUGCCACCGGGUAAGACCUGCGGCUUCGAGGAAGAUAUCCGCGUUCCUCUCUUCAUCCGAGGACCGGGAGUCCCAGAAGGUUAUGUGCAGGAGUCCGUGACGACGCACAUUGAUCUAGCGCCCACCAUCUUCAAUCUCGCGGGGAUUCCUCCCCGGGCAGAUUUCGAUGGCACGGCAAUCCCCGCGACGCCGGACUUUGGUGGAACUCGGCAUGAGCAUGUCACCGUGGAGUUCUGGGGAAGGGCUGUCAUGGAAGGAAUCUAUAGCCAAAUUGGCCCCGAUGGGUCGACUAUGGUUCCAAACAACACGUACAAAUCCGUUCGCCUUCUGGGAGAAGGUUACAACCUCUAUUACUCGGUUUGGUGCAAUAACGAGCACGAGCUCUACGAUCUUUCGACGGAUCCCUACCAAUUGAACAACCUUUAUACCCCCGACGUUCAGCAAGAUGGGCCCCAAAUUCUUGGUCGUAGCUUGACAGACGCCAUCAAUCGUCUAGAUGCUCUACUCCUCGUGUUAAAGUCCUGCCAGGGGGCGACCUGCAUCGACCCGUGGAAUGUUCUCCACCCCAAGCAGUCUGUCCAGAGCCUCCGAGAUGCCCUGGAUCAGGAGCACGACUCGUUCUAUGCGGCACAACCGCGGGUCUCGUUUGACUGGUGUGCUCCUGGGUACAUCGUUGAUGCCGAAGGCCCCCAGUUGCCACUGACUAGUCGGUACGGAGUUUCCUGGGAUGUUUGGGUGUAGUACUUUAGAUGUAUAGAAAGAGCACUCCAUGAAUUUUGUAAUCCCCGGUAUCGUUCCGUGUCGGAUAAGAUCAUUGAUGGCCAUGAACUAUAAUAAUGACCAUUUACCAUGAUUACUGGGUCUUGGCCCUGUGUCAAACUCUUAAUUCCGC